AAUGAAUCCAAAUGAUGAAUAGUAGAGACUAUACUAAAUAUUCUAACAGAUGGGUAAUCCAGAUCCAUAUGGAAGAAUGUUACCUGUACCAAAUUCUCCCUAUUACUCUUGUUGGACUCCUCCUUUUCCAUAACCAAUGAUGCCACCCCCACCUAAUUAGAAAUACCCAUUCCCAGAUUAAUUUAUGCAUGAUUAAACUCUCCAAAUGAAUAAUUUAUAACCUAAUCAAGGUGGAAUGAAUAUAAAUGGUAUUCCAUAAGGUUUACAAAACAUGCCGCCUAUGCCAAUUGGAUUUGGAAUGCCUCCUAUAGGUCCAGGUUAACUUCCUCCUGGAGCAAUAGGUCCUGGUCCUAUGAAUACUAUAGGUCCAAUGGGUACUAUGGGUCCUAUGGGUCCUAUGGGACCUAUGGGUCCAGUAUAAUUACCUGGAAUGGGACCUGUUCCUUAAGGACCUAUGGGAUAAAUGCCGCCUUUUGAUUUUUCAUUUAAACAAUAACCUCAAUUAUAAUAGUAAUUAGGACCAAAUCAAAUGAUACCAUAAUAAUAACAAUAAUAAUAAUAACAUCUAUAACCAUAACCUUAAUAAUAGCAAUUGUAGCAGUAAAUUUAACAAUAAUAAUAAGCACCAUAAAUUUAAACUUAAACUAAUUCAAUUACAAAUAAUAAUAAUAAUAACAAUAAUAACAAUAAUAAUAACAAUAAUCUUAUCUCAUAAAAUAAUCUAGAAUAAGGUAUUUAUUUUAUAUUUAGAAUAUCUUAGGUUUUUCGUAAGUUGUUAAUGAAUUUUAAUUAAAGAUUUUAAAUAUGUUUGUUUAAUAAAAUCAAAUGUUAUUAGACUUCAAAAAUAAAAAUGCCAAUUUAGAAAGUGUUAUUACACAGAUAUUAGAUGAAAUAACUAACCUCUAAAAAAUUGUAGAAUAGAAAUUUGACAAUGGAUAAACUGAAGAUUUUGUUAGCAGAUGUAAUUAUUUAAUCUAUCUAUUUAGUAUCAAUACCUCAUCAAGAAAUGACUCAUAAUAAUAUUUUAUUAAAAUCCUUAUCCUAUAAUAUAAAUGAAUUUCAAUAACAAUUGGUAUUAAUUAAUGAUUUGGAUACUGUUUUAUUUAAAGACAAAAAUUUUAAUCUUGAAAUAGCUUUAAAAGAUAUGAAAGGAUAAAAUAUUAAAAAUAAAAAUAAAAUAGAAUUAGAAAUACAAUUAUAUUCAUCAGAUGACAAACCGACCUUGUUACAACAAAAUUCUUAAAAUUAAGUAAUAUUGAGAUUGCCUGAAGAUAACAUUUGGUUAUAAGAUGGUUUGGCAGAAGUAGAAAAACUUUAAAUCAAUGAAGUUACAUCUCAUUAUUAAAAUGGUUGGGUACACAUGAUAGUAUAUCCGAUUAAAAAUAAUAAUAAAAUAGGAUAAGAUGACAUAAAUCCUUCAUUAAUUAAACCUUUAAUUUUGCAAAUAGUAGUAAAAUCAAAAAAAACAUAUAAAAAGUAUAUUAUUCUUAUUAUUUAGAUCCUCUCGAUCUAGAUCAAGAUCUCAUGAAAGAUUAAGAAGAUUAGAAAAAUUAGAAGAUAAAUCAAGUUCAGAAUCAGAGUAAGAAUUUGAGUAAAGAGAUAUCAAAAUAUCAUAAGAACGUUAAGAUAUUAGUGAAAAUUAAAAAGAUAAUUAAAUUGAUAAUUAAAUAGAAGAAUAAAAUCAAAAUGAUAAUGCUAAAAAUAAUGAUAAUAAAAAUAACGAGAAUGAUAAUAAUGUCUAAUAAGAUGAAAAUUAAGCAGAAAAAGAAGAAAUUUAUUAAAAUAAUGAAUCUGAGUCUUGA